AGGCUGGGGAGCCCUCCCGCCAGCACAGGAAGCACAAAGGCGGAGGCGUCAUUUUAUCGUCGUGGCCUAAGGCCCGCUUCCCUGCGCCCCCUACCAGUUUGCACACGCGCGGUCGGGGGAACAAUGCCCGCUGUGCGGCCUCCGCGGGACCCGGCUCCGGGCCUUGCUCGCGGUGGUCUCUGCCGCGCCCGGUGUGUGCAGCCGGACGGGGAGAAACAAAGAGGCCGAGGCGGCAGCUGCGACAUCCCAGCCCUCCCCCUUCUCUGUCGAACCGUUUGGGGUCGAGGGGCGGCGCGGGGCCGGCCCGGCCUGCGGAACUGCUGUUCUGCAUGACUCAGUGGUUUUUGGAGAAGGCCCUGUCAGGCUUUCCUGCGCGAGGCCUUUGCCUGGAGGGGGAUGGGGGCCCUGUGGGACCCGAACUUGUUUUAAAAUCCGCUGGAAAGUGGGAGUGGGCUUCCCUGUUGUCGUGUUGUACUUUUUUCAAGGUUGCCGCGAUUCGCCCCCAGGAUCCCUUUCAAGAAGGAAAUGGAGUACUUACCCUUUGUUUCAGGCAUUUAGGCUGGUGAAUUGUAAUUCUUAAUCUUUUCCGUGCACUCCUUGGAGCUGUGUUUUGGAAAAGGGCCGGUUAUCCUUAUUGAGUGCCCCCUAAGAAUGUGCUCUACGGAGAUACUAAGAUAAAGUAGUAUGUAGGUCAGAGUUCUUUUUCUUUACAGACUUUUAAAAUCUAAAUUUCGUUUUACUCAUUUUUAAGAUGGUAUUUAAAAAGGAGGAUUUCACAACUCAAUUGAGGAAAAUAUUGCGGUUUUAUCUUUAGUUUUUUUUCUUAAACUGUCCAAAAAAUUAUGUUAAGAAUUUGUUGUAGUUUGUUUUUCCCUACUUUCCAUCUGAGGCCUGAUGUUAGGCCUGAAAAGGAGCCUUUAAAAAUCAUUCUGAUCUACUUCAUUCGUCAAAGGGGGAACUGAGAUCUGGAUGGUGAGGACUUGCCCAAGGUCAUUGGCUGGUUAGCAGUAAAUUUAAUACAGCGCAGGUCUCCUAACUCCCAGGUGAGUGGGCGAUCUUGCCAUCUCCAUAUCAUGUACACCUGAGAGAACCAUCCAUAAAUAUAAAGUCCUUUAUUCAGAUUUGGUGUUGAAGAAUUUUUCAGUUACAUACCCAGGUUUCUUGUUUGUGUUUUAAAGCUAUGAAUUAGAGGAAGCCAGAACCAUAAAAACAUACAUAUUCCAGUUAAUGCCUGAACUGACACAUGCAUGCUUAAGUUUCUUAAGGUACUAGAUACUAGUGAUGAUACUGUGUAUUUCUAAAAUAUUGCCAGGUAGGGAAAUACUGUGCCUAAUGGUGAACACUCAAACCACCCACCCAUCUUCCCCAAAUUGCCACUGAUCUGGUUUUUAUAAACAACGUGACCAUUUUGAUCUCAUGAGUGGUUAAUAUGAUUGAUUUGAGAUUGUGCUCUGGCCCGCCCUCCCCUACAUUAAAAAAAAAGCUGUAACAGCCUAUAUCAGAUUUGUUUUGUUUUUGCAUUGUUAACACGUAUGAAUGCUGCAUCCUUAGUUCCUGGGGUUGUGUAGGAGUUGGCAGGCUCUGAGAUAUAAAUAGAAGCUGAUUUCAGAGGCCCCUGUUGGCUAGGUUUUAUGUGAGAGCCUCCAUCCAGCUCCGCCUGUCACAUUGCAGCCUUGUGACAGGCUGAAGCGCCCACCCAUGUGAUCUAAGCUUCUGAGAAAUAUUAAAGCAAGCUGUGCACAUGUGAUGGCAUUUAAAAGCCGGCUUUCUAGGGGAAAAUCUAAAUGAUGGGAAGUCAUUAGAAGACUCUAAUGCCCUGGUACUCGUGUCCUUAGAGCUGGAGGUUAUUUAUAGUGAUUUGAAAGGAGAUGUAUUUUCUGAAGAAGCAGGAAAAUAUGGCUCAGGAGACUAACCAGACCCCAGGGCCCAUGCUGUGUAGUACAGGAUGUGGCUUUUAUGGAAAUCCUAGGACAAAUGGAAUGUGUUCUGUUUGCUACAAAGAACAUCUUCAGAGGCAGCAGAAUAGUGGCAGAAUGAGCCCAAUGGGGACAGCUAGUGGUUCCAACAGCCCUACCUCAGAUUCUGCAUCUGUACAAAGAGCAGACUCUAGUUUAAACAACUGUGAAGGUGCUGCUGGCAGCACAUCUGAAAAAUCAAGAAAUGUGACUGUGGCUGCCUUGCCUGUAACUCAGCAAAUGACAGAAAUGAGCAUUUCCAGAGAGGACAAAAUAACUACCCCGAAAACAGAGGUGUCAGAGCCAGUUGUUACUCAGCCCAGUCCAUCAAUUUCUCAGCCCAGUACUUCUCAAAGUGAAGAAAAAGCUCCUGAGUUGCCCAAACAGAAGAAGAACAGAUGUUUCAUGUGCAGAAAGAAAGUUGGCCUUACAGGGUUUGACUGCCGAUGUGGAAAUUUGUUUUGUGGACUUCACCGUUACUCUGACAAGCACAACUGUCCAUAUGAUUACAAAGCAGAAGCUGCAGCAAAAAUCAGAAAAGAAAAUCCAGUUGUUGUGGCUGAAAAAAUCCAGAGAAUAUAAAUUACUUGUGAAGAGACUGAAACUUUGUUUUUAUUUUAAUAUAUCGUAGGAAAACAUUAAAGAGCAGAUGCAUGGCCAUUUUCCUUUGAUGUUCUCCAGAGUUUUACUUUACAUUUGUCUGUCUUACAAUUGAUAUUUUAGGAUGUUUGGGUGUUUAUUACAGGCAGAAUUGGAUAGAUACAGCCCUACAAAAUGUAUAUGCCCUCUCCCUGAAUAAAAUUGGAUGAAAAUCUGCACAGCAAAUUGAAAUAUACAGAUACUAGGGACAAGACUUAGUUCUCACGUGCCAAACAAACUACAUGAAAUCUCUGCAUGUUUGCAGCUUAUCUGCCUUUUGGGAAUGUAAUCAAGGUAUAAUCUUUGGCUAGUGUUAUGUGCCUGUAAUUUUUUUAAAAUGGUACACCAGAAAAGGACUGGCAGUCUACUUCUACCAUAGUUAAACUUCACCCUGAUAAUUUCCACAUGUUCUUUGGAAGCAGGAAGAAGGCCUAUAGAGGAUCAGACAGACCUUUCUAUGAAACCACUAUUUGGUGCCAUAUGUAAGCCUGGUUACUUGGUCUUCUAAAAGCUGUCAAAUUAAUGAGACAUUCUAUGAGAGGUAAACAUCGCAACUGGUUAUCAUAAGAGUAAAAUCAUCAAGCCAACAGGGUCUUUGAGAGAUCUUUGAAGCUUAUUGUGCUGGCCUGCACCAGAAGAUGUCUGCAUUACUCUUAUUGCUAAAAAUGUGUAGCACAGAACUGCACUAGGAUUAAUUUAUUUACAAGAAGAAAUUAAAACUCUACGUUUGGUUUUCACAUACAGCAGCUCCAUCAAGUAACAUGCAUUUGAAUUUUAAGUUGCAAAGGUUAUCUGAACAGUUAAUUUUUCAUGUGCAUCUUUUGUUGAAUGUUUUGGUUCAAGAAAGAAUGUUAAAAGCUUUUUAAAGACUUCAGUUCUUAAUAUAACUGUACCCUUCUGCAUGGAAAACCGUAACAUGGCUGCAGUAGACUUUCUUAGUGGUAUCCAGCACCACUUGCAGAGGGCUGCUUUAUCAUAUUAAUUGUACUUGGGUGUAGGACUCUAGUGUUCUUGGGUGUAUUGCAUGGGCUGCAUUAUCUACAGCAUUGUACAAUAACAACUAGAAAAGGCAGUAUACUUCACUGAUGCUUGUCUGGUAAUAUCACUUCUGUGUUAUAAUGGAAGGUUUUUUUGUGAUGUAUGAAACUUGUGUUUUUUAUAUAUAAAUGAGUACAGUUAGUGUGGUAAUGCCUGUUUUCAUCUGUAAAUAGUUAAGUAUGUACACAAGGCACUACUUCUGAUUUAUUGCAGUGUUCAGUCCUAGUUUUUACUUUUAUUCUUAAAGCAUUCAAUUUUGCUUUCAAUUUUAUGUACCUUAGUUCUGAAUUAGAUCUACAGAUGUGUACAGAUAGUUCAUAUUUAUGUAUUGCACAUAAUCAUGCUAUUCAGCAUUGAUGCUAUAUUGUAUUAUGUAAAUAAUAAAAGCCAUGUACAGAGGGAAA